CUCUUCAAAACACACAACUAACGUUGUCCUCCUUUUUCUCGCCUAGUCAUGGGGGUUCACCGUCGCCGUCGAUUCCCAGAGAUCUCGGAAUGCAGAACAAAAGGACGGUCGAAUCAUACGGUGGCCGCGGACUUAGACGGCACGCUUCUGGUUUCGCGAAGUCCUUUUCCAUACUUCCUCCUGGUUGCUCUGGAAGCCGGCAGUUUCAUAAGAGCUUCCCUCCUCUUAGCCUCUGCUCCCUUUGUCUAUUUCAUGUAUUUGUUUAUCUCUGAAUCUAUAGCAAUCCACACUGUCUUCUUCGUCACCUUCGCGGGGCUGAAAAUCAGAGACAUCGAGAUUGUUUCCAGGUCUGUUUUGCCCAAUUUCUACGCCGAAUUUGUUCACCCGGAGUCCUGGAGAGUGUUCAACGCCUGUGGGAAGAGAUACAUAUUCACCGCGAAUCCGAGGGUUACGGUGGAACCAUUUCUGAAGACCAUUUUGGGGGCGGAUAAGGUCAUUGGGACAGAGUUGGAAGUAACGGAAUCCGGUAGGGCGACUGGUUUCGUCGAGAAACCUGGAAUCCUGAUCGGAGAACGCAAAAGGGAUGCCGUUUUGAAGAAGUUCGGGAUGAAUAAUUUGCCUGAUUUGGGUUUGGGAGAUACAGAGAAUGAUCAUGAUUUCAUGUCUUUAUGCAAGGAAGCAUACAUGGUGCCUAGAGUAAAAUGUGAUCCUCUACCAAGAAACAAGCUUCCAAGCCCCGCCAUGCUUCAUGAAGACGAGAUGGUUCAAAGACCAAAGUUUCUUGGUGCCUUCUUGACCUUUCUAUGGCUACCAAUCGGCUUCAUCCUCUUACUUCUUCGGAUCUACACAAACAUUACUUUGCCCGAAAGAGUAGCUCGAUAUAACUACAAGCUCUUGGGAAUCAAACUACUGGUUAAAGGACAAGAGUGGCUAAGAUAAAUUAUGGUUUCAUAUAUACUCAGAUAAGUAAAUAAUACACAAAUGGUUAAUUCCAAUAUGGAUUUAUCUCUCUCUCUCUCUCUUUUUGUAUUUAAGUAAUUCGAAAAUGAGGGAAAAUCAAAAUUAAUACUUAUU